ACUCGCAGAAGCGGCCUCGGAAACCUGGCUCGCGCGGGGCGGGAAGGCGCAGGCGGCUCGUGUCGCUGACACGCUCACCCUCCGUGCCUGGCCGCGCCUCUGCGACCAGGUUGUCAGGGAAGGUCUGUUCUUGAAUUAAUAUUCAGACACCUCAAUGAAGUGAAGGAGCAAACUAGGCCUAAGGAAGAGCAGACACGAAAAAAUUCUCCAGUGGAGCAUUCCUGGCUUCUUUCAAGAACAGCAGAGAGAACUGGAGAGGAGUCGGUGGGCAACAGGGAGCAGAGGUGACCCAAUGAAAGAGGAAAAUGAAAGGCAUUAAGAAAAGUCUUACAGAAGAAUAUCUGUACUUGGACUUUUCUCACCAAAUGGAAGGAUGCAUCUUUCCUCUUCAUACAUCUGUAACUUUAUUUUUGUUAUCAUACUGUGACUGCAAAAUCUUCAAAGUUGGCUUAGUCCUCACAAAAGAAAGCACAGAUAUUUCACUAAAAAAUGUAGUGCCCCAGGAUGUUGAAAUACAGAUUAUUUCAAAGCAAGAACUUCCAGCAAUAGUCCAGAAUUGCUGUUUACCUGCAGUAGUAGAAAAACCAGACAAUUUCUGUAGAGCAGGACUUGCUGUUGUACUGAGACACAUAAUCCAGAAAUCGUAUGAAGCUGACCCCUCAAAGAAGGAAAUUUUGGAACUUCUGGGUUUUAAGAAGACUUGCUUGAAAGCCUGUGCUGAAGUUAGUCAGUGGACCAGGCUAUGCGAACUCACCAUCCCUUUAGCUAUUGAGAAUUUUCUCAAAGAGUCUUCUGACCAGCACCCAACUAUCCCUGCAGAAAUACUGCAGCUAGAGAGAAAGCUCAGUGAGCCCGUUAGAGUGCAUAAUGAUGACAAACUCCGUCGCCAGAAGCUGAAGCAACAGAAGGCUGCUGGGGUUGGGCCUGCCCAUGCUAAGAGCAGGGUCCUUAGACAAGAAACAUCUGAAGAGUUGGACUCUUCAUCCAAGAGCCUGGAACUGCAAGUGGCAUUCUCAAAGCUCGCAGUGUACGAAGAACCAGCUACUACCAACAGGGAGCCUUCUCACAUCAGAAAAGCAAAAGUGUCUGACCUUCCGCCUCUGGAGCAUGUGUUUGCAGAAGGCCUGUACUUCACUCUGGCAGAUAUCGUGCUCUUGCCCUGUAUUCAUCAUUUUUUGGCAAUUAUCUGCAAGAAACUUUCUGAAAAGCUGAUAGAAUUUCCACUGCUGGCUGCUUGGUACCAAAGGAUUCAGGAAGUGCCCAGAGUAAAAACAGCAGCUUCUCAGUGUGGGAUCCAAUUUCUCCACUUACCAGAGUUGCUGACCACCUUGAAGGAACAAGAUGCAAACUUAAGUGAGGUCCCAGGUGUGGAGGAGCAAAAUGAUGCUUCAUUUUUAAGAGGACCAAGACCCACUAUGACCAAGUUAAUGGAAAAAGGCAUUGAAGUGAUGUUUUCUCCCCACCCUUGCCCUACUUGGACCCUUGAUUGGAAUAGUCUUCCUGCAGCAGUGAGCCCAAAGGAAGGCAAAAUGUCCAGUGAUCGAGCUUUAAGGAAGCAACAGCAGUUAAACAACCUUGUUUAUGUGGUGACAAGUCAGGCCAAACCCGGUGACAGAAUUGUGGAUUUCUGCAGCGGCGGGGGCCAUGUUGGCAUUGUCCUUGCUCACAUGCUGCCAUCAUGCCAGGUUACGUUAAUAGAAAACAAGGAACUAUCAUUAAUUCGUGCUAAGAAGAGAAGUGAUGAACUAGGUUUAAGCAACAUUUGGUUCAUUCAAGCAAAUAUGGAAUAUUUUACAGGGAUGUUUAAUAUUGGGGUGGCAUUGCAUGCUUGUGGAGUGGCAACAGACAUGGUGAUUGAGCACUGCAUCAAAACGCGGGCUGCCUUUGUCACAUGCCCUUGCUGUUACGGUUUCAUUCAGAACACCUCAAAGUUUAAUUUUCCAAAAAGUGAACAAUUCAAGAAAACCUUAUCGUACAAGGAACACAUGAUUCUGUGCAGAUUUGCGGAUCAGACAGCUGUCCAGCUUCCAGCCCAGCGAAGGCUCAUAGGAAAACAGUGCAUGUGCCUGGUGGAUCUGGAUCGAGCAAGAGCUGCAGAAGAACGUGGUUACUCCGUUCAAGUAAUAUCCAUGGAGCCGGAGAGCUGCUCUCCCAAAAAUAACAUGAUCGUGGGAGUCCCCAUUUAGAAGGAGAUAUUCCCAUUUGAUGUUUUGCCAUCCGUUUUCAUGAUGAAAGCCCAGUGGCAUUUAGGAGGUUCUUGGCAUAACUAGAAAACAGCAUUAGCCAUCUUGAACUUAUUGUGCUCAGGAAGGAGAGCAGCAGGAAAAUCAUGGAAGAAAGGCUGCCUGCAAAGCAUCACAAAUGCUCUUGUAAUGUAUGAUUAAAGGACCGCUGGUUUUCAUAG